AUGGCAUUUAAAUUUACCAAGAAUUUAAUGAAAAACUCCGUUCUUACACCAAAACUUGUUUUGGAAAAGAUAUCCAAUAAUUUGGGCAAUAAGAAUGGAAUAAAAUCCGGGAAAAACUUCAAACAAACAGUUAGAUACGGCGAAUAUCCCGUUUUAUCGCAUGAUCCUAUACCUAAACAUAUAGUGAGACCGUUUUACGCCCAGAAUCGCACAGAAGAUGAGUUGAAAAGAUACUAUACCCAGAAACUCCCAUUCGCUGAAGUCAAAACCGAUGAACAAAUCUCUAAAAUGAGAUCUGCUGCAAAAAUCGCAGCUAAAUGUUUGAAGCUAUGCCUGGAUUCCACAGUAAAAGGGGUCACUGCUGAUUUUAUUGACAGAAAGGGUCAGGAUUUUAUCGUAAACUCCGGAGCUUAUCCCUCCGGUGUUAAUUUCCACGGGUAUCCCAGAGCAUUGUGCAUCUCCGUAAAUGAGGUCGCCUGUCACGGCAUACCUAGUAUGAGGCCUUUUCACGAGUCUGACGUUGUUUCCUACGAUUGUACCGUUUUUUAUGACGGUGUAUUUGGGGACUGCGCUGGUACUUGCAUAGUAGGAGAGGCUCCAGAAGAGGCCAAAAAACUAGUUUCAGUUUCAAGGGAAUGCUGCUAUAUCGCUAUUGAGAGCUUGAAACCCGGGGUUAAAUUUUCAAAGAUGGCUGAACUUGUUACAAAGCACGCCGAGAAGAACGGGUUUUCAGUUAUUAGGGAGUUUGGAGGGCAUUUUAUCGGCCACAUGCUCCACAUGCCUCCAAUGAUCCAGUUUUCUAACCCCAGCUCAACACCCGGCGUAGCUGAAGAGGGACAUAUUUUCACCAUUGAACCCAUAGUUUGCCAAGGAGAUAAUUCUAUAUACACUUGGGAGGAUGGCUGGACCAUCGCCACAGCAGACAACGGCUUGUGUUCUCAAUUUGAGCACACUGUUCUGGUUACUAAGGACGGUUGUGAAAUAUUAACACUUCCAUAA